AUGUCAAAGGUCAAUGAGAAGCAAAGAAACUUCACAAUCCCCUUAAUUUUGGGCUCUACUUUGUUCAGGAUCGGAUUCUUCUUAUUCGGUUUAUAUCAAGAUGCUCAUAUGGAGGUUAAAUACACAGAUAUAGAUUAUCUAGUGUUUAGUGAUGCUGCUAAAUAUGUUUAUGAAGGAGGUUCACCAUACCAAAGAGAAACGUAUCGUUAUACACCGUUAUUGGCUUGGUUAUUGAUACCCAAUGCUGUUGAUGAAAAGCUAUAUUCAUUUGGUAAAAUUUUAUUCAUUAUUAGUGAUUUAAUUACUGGUGUAUUAAUACUCAAAAUUUUAGAUCUGAUCAAUAUUUCUCAAUUGAAAAAAUUGAUUUUGAGUUCUAUUUGGUUAUUGAAUCCAAUGGUUAUUACUAUAAGUACUAGAGGAAGUUCUGAAAGUGUUUUAACUGUGUUUAUUAUGGCCUUUGUCUAUUUAUUGAUCAAACAAAAAGUUAUUUUAAGUGGUCUUUUCGCUGGGUUAGCUAUUCAUUUCAAAAUUUAUCCAAUUAUUUAUAUUCCAACUGCUGUGAUAUACCUUUCCAAUACUAGUAAUUCCAAAGGUCCAUAUUAUAUUUUGGCAUUAAUUAAUAAAAAAUCAAUAUUGUUCACAAUUUCAUCAGUGAUUUCAUUCACUUCAUUAGGUACAUUAAUGUACAAGAUUUAUGGUUAUGAGUUUUUAGAACAUUCAUAUAUUUAUCACUUAUCAAGACUUGACCAUAGACAUAAUUUUUCAGUCUAUAACAUUUCAUUAUACUUUGCAUCAGCUUUAAAAUCCACAACAAAUUUUGAAAAAUUUACAUUAGAUUUUACAACUUUAGCAUUUUUACCACAAUUAGUUAUAUCAGCAAUUAUUUUACCAUUUGUGUUUACAAAAAAAAGUUUAACAACUACUUUAUUUUUACAAACUUUGACAUUUGUCACAUAUAAUAAAGUUAUGACUUCACAAUAUUUUAUAUGGUUUUUAAUUUUCUUACCAUUUUCAUUAAGAAAUUCAAAAUUAUUAGGAGAAAAUAAAGUCCAAGGUAUCACAUGCUUAUUAUUAUGGAUCAUUUCACAAUCAUCAUGGUUAUUCUUUGCAUAUAAACUAGAAUUUUUGGGAGAAAAUACAUUCUUCCCUGGAUUAUUGUUAAGUUCAAGCUUUUUCUUCUUAUCAAAUAAUUAUGUUUUGGGUACUUUUAUAGAUGAUUUGAACAGAAAUUUGAUAUCAGAUGGUAUCUAA